GGCUUUAUUUCCUUACGCGUCCUUUAAGACUAAAGUAAACAGGUUUGGCAGGUGUAUCGGAAGUGUACACCAUCGCUUUUAACUUCUCUUACCUGCACCAGGUGAGACAGCAUAAAAGUCAACUUGAAACUUCGAGAAGUCUCCGGUCCUGGCGAAUAAAGACCGUUUUUGAUAAAAUGAAUAACCCUAUUCCUGCUAACCUAAAGUCUGAGGCCAAGAAGGCCGGCAAGAUCCUCAGAGAGUUCACAGAAAUAUCCAACAGAAUGGGGCCUGACAAACUUAUUCCAGCCCAUGUCAUUGCCAAGGCUCAGGGACUGGCCAUCCUGUCAGUCUUCAAAGCGGGUUUCAUGAUCACUGCGAGGGGCGGCAGUGGGAUAGUGAUCGCAAGACUCGCUGAUGGAAGAUGGUCUGCUCCUUCAGCCAUUGGCAUUGCUGGACUUGGUGGAGGAUUUGAAAUUGGCCUGGAGGCAUCAGAUUUUGUCAUCAUCCUGAAUCAGAGGAGAGCUGUGGAUGCUUUUAGUAAAGGGGGCAAUCUUACACUUGGAGGAAACUGCACUGUGGCUGUUGGGCCUCUUGGCAGGAAUUUGGAGGCAGAUGUGGCGUUUCGCAGUACAGCGGCUGUCUACUCAUACUGCAAAUCUCGUGGCCUUUAUGCUGGAGUGUCUCUUGUUGGUUCUUACCUCAUCGAACGCAAAGAAACCAACCGAAAGUUUUAUGGCCAAGACAUUCGUGCUUCUGCUAUUCUCAAUGGAGAUGUGGAACCCCCACCAGAAGCAUAUGAUUUGUACACCAUUUUGCAGGACUACACAGAGAAAUACACCACCGACUGGCAGAACAAACACAUGCAAGCCUCAAGCAAGAUGAGUUCAGCACCAGCUAGACCAAGGCCUCCCUCACAGAGAGCUGCCUCCUCUUACAUACCCAAGGCACAAGCUUCUGCAGCUGUGAAGCCAGUUCUAUAUCCAAGCUUAGACAACUGGGAUACCGAAAGCUCAGAUCAAGCAUCAGGUGGCACUUUAGUGGUCACAGCAGUGCAUCCGUUCACCGGUCAGCAGCCUGGAGAUCUGAGCUUUGUUGCAGGAGAUCGCAUCAAUGUUAUCACCAAAACCGACUCGCAGUAUGACUGGUGGGAAGGAGAACUAAGAGGGCAGGUUGGGAUCUUCCCAGCUAAUUUUGUGUCCUAUAGCUGAAAGUGCUAAAAACGGCCAUAAAAAUCGCAAAUUGGUGACAAAUGAUGUCUGGCAUUGAAGGGUCCUUUUCUUUUGCACAGUUUGAAAUGACGUUUAUGAUGAAGGUGUAUAUUUUUAGGAGCACUUGGGGUCAGUGUUCCUCUUAAAGGCUGUAUUAAGGGAUGACAAGGGGUGUGUUUUCAAUGUUACUGGCAUUGGUGAAAUAUUUUCUUUUCAUUUUGGCCGUUCAGUUAUCGGUAUGUGGGUUGACUACUAAAGGGUUCCCGUUUUAUUAGUUAUCAGUCCAUUUUUAGUUAUGCUAUGGUUUAGAAACAAACUAGAAUACAAUUAUGCUUUUUUAUGCGUACACGAAGACACAGAGUGACACUGUGGUAUUUUAAGUAAAGUUGCUCCAGGUAUUUGAAAUAUGAUAGCACAGUAGUUCGCCAUCUGCAAAAACACAGUGGCACACGGCUUCUUGGUGUGCCAUUUUUUUUUUCUCUGAUAAUAACUGCACAGCUGUUACAAACAAAUGUUAAUACAAAUGAUAAGCUACAUUGUUUAAAACAAGCCUUAUUUAUGGUUUUAUGAACUAUUAACUUUUAUUUAACCUCACAUCUGUCUUGUACUGUUGCUCUGAAAAAAAAAUGGAAAAUGGUGGUUUUUUUUAAGGAAGUGUUUGAAUGCUCUCUUUGCUUUCAUUUAUUGCUGUUUGCACACAUGAAUGAUUGUUUUCCUACUGGUUUUAAAUGAAAUGUAUAUCAGUUCUAAUAAAGAUUAUUUCCUACA